AUGCAGGCCCUCAGCCGGAAGCGGCCCCGGCCCGGCCCCACGCAUGCGCGCUCCUCCCGAGCGGCGCUCGCACCGCUUCCCGCUGUGCUCGGCGCCCCCCGGGCCGGAGCGAGGCUGCGCGGCGGCCAUUGGCUGCGGGCGGCUCCUCCCCGCGCCUCGGGCAGCUCGGGCAGCUCGGGGCCGUGCGGGGACGGCCGUGCGGGGACGGCGAGCCCCGGGCCCCGCGCCGCCCGUGUGCGGGCCGUGCGAUCGCCGCUAACGGCCGGCCCCGCUCGGUGCGUUGCAGCCGGGAGCGCCUGGCACCGCGCUGACCGUCCGCCCGUGGAGCCGGCAGCGGAGGACGAGCGGCGGCACGACGAGGACCGGCACGACGACGACGACGACGACGACGACCGAGGACGAGCGGAGCCUGCGGACGGCCCUCAAGAAGCUGCGGCUGGACGCGGCGCGGCGGCACGAGGACGAGGAGGAGCAGCAGCAGCAGCAGCAGGACGACGACGAGGACGAGGACGACGACGACGAGGACGAGGAGGAGCGCAGCCUGCGGACGGCCCUCCAGGAGCUGCGGGUGGACGCGGCGCGGUGAGUGGCGCGGAGCGGUGCGCGGCUGUCGGUACCGCGCUCAGCAGAGACGGAGCGCUCUGACAGAUCUCUGGCGGGUCCCGUUUCUCACCGCUGAGUGCAGAGGAGCUCAGGGCUGCACACGCAAUUGUCGCAGCCCAUCACCUGAAGCUGCGGGGCCGAAUCGGGAUGCUGACGCCGUGCGCUGAGGCACCGCUGUAACGCGGCCCUCUCUCCUUUACCUCCUCCUCCCCCCUUCAUUGCUGCUGUGAACUACCUGGAUAUUCAGUGCGAUGCUGCCAGUAGCUCUGAUAGCCAGCUUCUGCACUGCAGCUCGGUUUGGAGUGGCAGUGGCCAAGACAAAGCACCUCCAGUAAAGCCCAGUCCCUUAAACACGGAA